CAUGCCUGGAACACCCUCCCGAGACUGCCGGGUACACAGCAGAGUGUUGUGAGCGACCUGUCAGCGUCCCCUGGAGACCAAGAUGUGGAAAGCCUCAGCAGGCCACGCGGUGUCCAUCACCCAGGAUGACGGCGGCGCUGAUGACUGGGAGACCGACCCCGAUUUUGUGAACGAUGUGAGUGAGAAGGAGCAAAGAUGGGGCGCCAAGACCGUGCAGGGCUCCGGCCACCAGGAACACAUUGACAUACACAAGCUGAGAGAGAAUGUAUUUCAAGAGCACCAGACCCUUAAGGAGAAGGAACUCGAAACCGGCCCCAAAGCCUCCCAUGGCUACGGAGGGAAGUUCGGUGUGGAACAGGACCGGAUGGACAAGUCAGCUGUCGGCCACGAGUAUCAGUCGAAACUUUCCAAGCACUGCUCGCAGGUGGACUCGGUCCGGGGCUUCGGAGGCAAGUUCGGUGUCCAGAUGGACAGAGUUGACCAGUCUGCCGUGGGCUUCGAGUACCAGGGAAAGACUGAGAAGCAUGCCUCCCAGAAAGACUACUCCAGCGGCUUUGGUGGCAAGUAUGGCGUGCAGGCCGACCGGGUGGACAAGAGCGCGGUGGGCUUCGACUACCAGGGCAAGACGGAGAAGCAUGAGUCGCAGAGAGAUUACUCCAAAGGCUUUGGCGGCAAAUAUGGUAUCGACAAGGACAAGGUGGAUAAGAGUGCCGUCGGCUUCGAGUAUCAAGGCAAAACGGAGAAACACGAGUCCCAGAAAGACUACGUGAAAGGCUUUGGAGGGAAGUUCGGUGUGCAGACUGACAGACAAGACAAGUGUGCCCUCGGCUGGGACCACCAGGAGAAGUUGCAGCUGCACGAAUCCCAGAAAGGGCAGAUGGCAGGCUUCCCGCCUGUGGUGGUAGAGACACAAGGCAGUGCUGAGGCGUGGGCAGACUACUCCAAGGGCUUCGGCGGGAAGUACGGAGUGCAGAAGGACCGGAUGGACAAGAAUGCGUCCACCUUUGAAGAUGUCGCCCAGGUGUCCUCGGCUUACCAGAAGACGGUGCCUGUUGAAGCCGUGACCAGCAAAACAAGUAACCUCAGAGCCAACUUUGAAAACCUCGCCAAGGAGAAGGAGCGGGAGGACAGGCGGAAGGCGGAGGCGGAGAGAGCCCAGCGCGUGGCUAAGGAGAGGCAGGAGCAGGAGGAGGCCCGGCAGAGGCUGGAGGAGCAGGCCGGAGCCAAGCAGCAAAGCCCACCCGUGUCCCCUGUGCCUGCGCCUGCUGAGGAGAAGCCGCCUGCGAGCCCCGUCUACGAGGACGCGGCCUCCUUCAAGGCGGAGCCCAGCUACAGAGGCCCCGUGAGCGCGGCUGAGCCGGAGCCCACCUACAGCGUGGAGGCCGACUACCAGGAGGCCGGCAGCCAGCAGGGUCUGGCCUGUGCCCCAGAAGCCGUCUACGAGAGCGCGGAGGCCGCUGGCCACUACCAAGCAGAGGAGAAUGCCUACGACGAGUACGAGAACGACCUGGGCAUCACGGCCAUCGCCCUCUACGACUACCAGGCCGCGGGCGACGACGAGAUCUCCUUCGACCCCGACGACAUCAUCACC